CCUCUCAUAACAGGAGCCUUUCCAACCGAAGAUCGUGCUGUAGGCAUGCAAGGUCUUGACAUUGGGCAGACUACCCCACCAAUGCAGCGCAGUUUGGGCUUAGGAUGGGAGCUGUUGACUGACCAAUUCAAGUUCCAAGUAAGAGUAAAUGAAAGGCCGUUCACAAAAAGGGGAGUUCUGUCAGUUAUCAACAGUGUGUUCGACCCACUUGGUUUUGCUAUUCCAGUAAUCGUAGGGGGUAGAACCAUACUCAGAGACAUUUCCACAAAUGUUUCAGAGUGGGACACUGAACUGCCAAAAGACAAAUUAGAACAGUGGCAAAAGUGGAAAAGUUCCCUCGGACACCUACAACAUCUUGAAAUUCCCAGAAUGUACACUUCAAUACCGCUGUCUGCAGCCCAAAGAAUAGAGAUUGACGUUUUUUGUGAUGCUUCCACAAAAGCCGUAGGUGCGGUAGCCUACCUCAAACUCACAAAUGAGGACGGACACAGCGAAGUGGGAUUCCUCCUCGGCAAAGCACGUUUAGCUCCUAAACCAGACAUCACCAUACCCCGACUUGAACUCUGUGCAGCAGUCCUGGCCGUGGAAGUAGCAGAGUUGGUUCUAGAGGAGCUGGAUGUCACAGUCGAUCAGGUGAAUCUUUACACAGACUCAAAGGUAGUGCUUGGGUACAUCUCAAACACCAAGAGACGCUUUCACGUUUAUGUGCACAACAGAGUCGAACGCAUCAGGCGCUUUGCACAAACUCACCAGUGGCAUUACGUGCCCACACACUUAAAUCCGGCAGACCAUGCCACACGAGCGUUGCCCGCUGAGCAGCUCUCCAGCUCCACCUGGCUCAGAGGCCCAGCUUUCCUCUCCAGGUUGGACCAAAGUCAAGUUCGAAGUCAAACCUUCGAUCUCAUAGACCCAGAGACUGACUGUGAGUUGCGUCCUGAGGUAACAACUUGCACUACCACCCUAUCAAAAGGCCAGUUUAAUAGUGCCAGAUUUGAAAGGUUUUCAAGUUGGAAGGUGCUGCAAAAGGCUAUUGCCAAACUCCAACAUAUAGCUCAAUCAUUCAAGAACAACUCUGAGGUUUCCUGUCGUGGCUGGCACAACUGCAACAAACAUUUAACUGAAAAGUCACUGCAACUAGCCAAGACCACGAUCAUUCGCACCGUUCAAAGAGAGGUCUUCGCAGAAGAUAUUGGAUGCAUUGAAAAAGGCACAGCUUUAAAAAACUCAAGUCCACUCAGCAAACUGAAUCCAUUUGUUGACACGCAAGGGCUCCUUAAAGUUGGAGGCCGACUAAAGAAAGCACAGUUGUCUGCAGAAGAAACCAAUCCCAUACUAAUCCCUGGAAAGCACCAUCUUGCUCAGCUCAUAAUAAGACACUUUCACGAAAAAUUAUGUCACCAGGGAAGGCAUUUCACGGAGGGAGCAGUCAGAGCAGGGGGCUUUUGGAUUGUGGGAGGAAAAAGAGCAGUAAGCAGUGUGAUUUUCAAGUGCAUCACAUGCCGCAAAUUAAGGGGCAGGCAACCUGAACAGAUCAUGGCUGAGCUACCUGAAGACAGGCUGUCCACGGACCCUCCUUUCACAAAUGUAGGCCUUGAUGUGUUCGGUCCCUGGUCCGUUACAGUGAGAAAAACGCGUGGUGCUAAUGCAGAUGCUAAAAGAUGGGCAGUCAUAUUCACCUGCAUGAGUACACGUGCAAUUCAUAUUGAAGUGAUUGAGUCAAUGGACACAUCGUCAUUCAUUAAUGCACUGCGUCGUUUCUUUGCCAUCCGAGGUGGUGCCAAACUCUUGAGAUCUGAUUGUGGGACAAAUUUUGUGAGUGCCUGCAAAGAGCUCCAAAUAGACAAACUAGGCUGUCACAAUGACAAAAUAGGCACAUUCUUGAAAGACAGUGCGUGCAAAUGGCAGUUUAAUCCUCCACAUGCAUCCCAUAUGGCUGGUUCCUGGGAACGCAUGAUCGGCGUCACCCGAAAAAUCCUCAAUGCAAUGCUCCUUGAACAUCCAUAUGGGAAGCUCACACAUGAAGUACUCGUAACAUUGUUAGCUGAAGUUACCGCAAUUGUAAAUGCCCGUCCGCUAACAGCCGUUUCUACAGAUCCCGAAAACCCAGUCAUUCUUACUCCUGCGAUGCUACUCACGCAAAAGGUUGGCACACCACCGAUUCCACCAGGGCAGUUUCAGACCAGUGACCUAUUCAAAGCCCAAUGGAAGCGCGUGCAGUACUUAGCUAAUGUUUUCUGGAGUCGUUGGCAGAAAGAAUACAUCGCAGGCUUGCAGGUUCGUCGCAAGUGGAAAAUAAAAAAGCCGAACCUUCAAAUGGGCGACGUUGUUUUAAUGAGGGAGUCUCUGGAACAUAGGAAUAAUUGGCCACUCGGACUGAUCACAAAAUCUUUCCCAAGUGAGGACGGUAAUGUCAGAAAAGUUGAGGUUAAGAUUUUCCGAAACGGCGAGAAUAGGUUUUACAUUCGCCCAAUUCGUGAAGUUGUGCUUUUGAUGUCUAAGGAUAGCAUGUAAAACGAGUUGUUGUUUUGUAUCGUUCAUUAGUUAAGGGCUGACAUCUUGCAGAUGUCAGGCGGGGAGUGUUAUGUCCUCUGGUCUUAUGUUGACUACUUUUUGGGUUUAAUUUCUUUCUAAGAUUGUACAUUGUUCAUCCGUCCACAGGAUGUCGCUAUUCUAACUCAGAAUCUUAAGUUUUUCUUUGGUAUUGCUGUUUGCGCUCGGCUUCCCCUAGUGGCGACUUGCUGUAAGCAGCAGGCAGAAAGAACUUUUUAUUUCAGUUGGAAAAGAGGCCUUGAGGUGUUAAGACGUUACACACCUCCUCUGCACCAUACAUCGUUGGGAACCCUUGACAAAACAAAAUCUGUGUGUUGGAGGAGGGAGCUAUGGAAAACAAGCUGGAUCGGGACUCUUGAGGACUGGACUUGGUCACCCCUGUCUAUCACGAUAGUUAAAAUGGCUGGCCAGGAGCUGGUGUUUUAAAUGGGUGCCACCAACAACUGUCCUGACAGCCUUCAAAUCCGCAACCCGAAGCUCCAAUUGGGAGCUAUUGGGAAGUAUCUUGGAAUUGGAGGUGGAGUGUCGUCCUCUUCAUAAGAUGAUGAUUUCCCCAAAUGUACCAUUCAAGGAUGCUGAUCCAGGUAGUAGAGACCACGUAAGCCCCCUCAUCCCUGUUGAUGGUCCUCGGGCCCCGCUUGCGGAUCUCAACGGCCUUCCUGAUCCACCGCUGAUGUUUGUUUUCUUGGGACGGAUGACUCUGACCUUUUCCCAGUCCAUAAUGUGGUAUUCCUUUUUGCAGUGAUCGGUGAUAGCUGACUUGUGAUGUUCCUAUUGUGCUUGUUCUUUUAUUGCCCUUGUCUGUCUUAUUGUUGUCUCCUUCUCACACUCCUUCUUGUGUUGUUUUUCUUCUAAUUAAGCUCCUCCCUGUCUCCCCGAUGUAUGAUCUAUUGCAUGAUUUGCAUGGAAUUUCAUAUUUGGAAUUACAUUUGUUUUGUAGGUGGAUAUUGUCCUUUGGCUGGACCAAUAUCUAGCGGAGUGUUGUGUGUGGUUUGACUGGUGUGUUUAUGUUGUAUUUUUUCAUUCUCUUUGGAUUAUUUUUAACCUGUGCUGCACCUUUUGCUAUUGCCCACUGUGGAUACUGACACCUUUUUAGUGCAUGUUGUAUGUGUUUUUCCUCUUGUGUUCUGUCGGGUCCGUGAUCAUUGUCAUACGUUCGUGUAAUGUUCUGACCACUGACAGUUUGUGGAUUGGUGUGUGUGGGUUUCCUGUGUACUUUUAUUUUGAUGUCACCGUUGUCUGUGUGAUGUAUUUUUAUGUCCAGAAAUGCUAUGGAAUGAUCUGUUCCCUCUACACAGGUGAAUUUGAUGCUGCCAGUGGUGUUUAUGGUGUUGGGUGGUCUGUGAGUUGUUGUGUAUGUCCUGUUUUUACUUUUUGCAGAAUGUCAUCUACGUAGCGUUUCCAUAGUGUGGGUCUGUAUUCAUCCGGGGCUGUUGUGACUGCUUUCUGUUCCAAAUCCUCAAUGAAGAACCCACACAUGAUGGCAGACAGUGCAAAUUGCUGUUAGGCAAGGAAGACAACUUGAUGUGCCUCACAACAACACGUUGAUGGACAUAUAUCGAGACGACGUGCAUUCUACCUUGAUGAUGGAAGGCUCGAUUUAUAUUCGUUAAUAUUUUUCUAAUAAUUUUAUAAAUUGUGAUUUAUUGACCUGGUUUACACAUGCACCAAUUGUUUUAACUAAAACAAGAAAUUGAAUCAUGUUGUUUAAAAGUUUUAUUGCGAUAAAUAUCUGCAAUAAAAAAGAAUCACAUGCUAUUUGUGUUUAUAUCUACAUGUGCGAUAAGCUCAUAAUACAGUACCAAACCUAUAACCUAACUAGAUGAAAUUUAAACCUUAUAGUAUUUCCUUGUUACAACAAAAUCUGUGUCAGCCCUUCUGCAUUCGGCAACUGUAACACUGUAAUUUCGCCUUAUUUUGGUCACUACAGUCUACACCCCUUGUUGACACAGGCUGCACAGAUUGUUAGAAUUUUGACCGCAAACGAUAAACAAAGUGAUAAGAACAAACAUGCAAUCUUUUACGUGCAUCUUUUAGUGUUAAAACUGUGAGCCAAAUCCUUAAUCUGCUGCUGGUUUCAGUUUAGGGCGUAUGGUGGGGAAUAUCCACACCGGCACUUUGAACCUGCACGCUGUUCAAAACAUUCCACUUCCAAGCAUAUAUAUAUAGGCGCUUCCAGGAGUU